AUGUCUUCCAUGGGAACUGUCUUCUCCGGCUACCGUGAACGUCUAACCGCGUUUGAGGAGCAAAGCAAGAACCGCUUCAAGAAUGGAAUCGCCUGGGUUGAGGGCGAAUUUGUCCCGCUCAUGGAAGCCCGCAUUCCUCUCAUCGACCAAGGCUUCAUGCACAGCGAUCUGACCUACGAUGUACCCUCCGUGUGGGACGGCCGAUACUUUCGACUAGACGACCAUCUGGACCGAGUGGAGAGGAGCUGCACCAAAAUGCGCAUGAAGUUCCCUAUCCCUCGGUCAGAAGUCAGACGGAUCUUGAUUGACAUGGUCGUGAAAGGCGGCAUGCAGGAUGCUUUCGUCGAGAUCAUUGUAACGAGAGGCUUGGAGGGCAUGCGCGAGUGUAUCAUUGAAGGCAAGAAACCCGAAGAUUUGAAGAACAGUCUCUACAUCUUCGCGGUCCCUUACGUAUGGGUCAUGCCGCCGGAAAUGCAGCUCAUGGGUGGCGACGCUAUCAUUGCCAGGUCGGUCAGACGGGUUCCACCAGGAUCAUUUGAUCCGACGAUUAAGAACCUGCAAUGGGGUGACUUGACUCGUGGGAUACUGGAGGCUAUUGACCGGAAGUCUACGUACCCUUUCCUGACUGACGGUGAUGCGAAUAUCACGGAGGGCUCUGGGUACAACAUAUGCUUUAUCAAGGACGGGUCGCUAUAUACGCCAGAUCGAGGCGUGCUGGAGGGCAUCACUCGCAAGAGCGUCUUCGAUGCUGCACGUGCUCACGACAUUCCGAUCCGGCUUGAAGUUGUGCCGGUCGAGAUGGCCUAUCAAUGCGAUGAGUGCUUCAUGUGUACGACGGCGGGGGGUGUCAUGCCCAUCACGACGAUGGAUGGACAGCCGGUUAAUGGAGGAAACGUUGGCCCGCUAACGAAGAAGAUUUGGGAUACUUACUGGGAGAUGCAUUGGGACGAUAAGUUCAGCUCUGCGAUCGACUAUACUAGCCAAGCAAGUGGUGCGGUGAAUGGAGUGGAGCACGAGAAGACCAACGGCACGACAGAUGGUCACUAG